GAAAAAUUAGAAUACACAAACAAAAAAACAGCUGUUUGUUUUUUUGAAUUUUACAUGCACUAAAGUAAAUAAGAUAAAAAAUAAAAUGGAAGAUGUAUUAGUAUUAAAAGAUUACAAAACUGUACCAGACAUAGUGCACGAAUACGCACCAACCUUAAAAUUUGGCCAUAUCCCAUUAGUUAUUGACAAUGGAUCUUAUCAAUGCAGAGUAGGCUGGUCAAUACAUGAUGAACCAUAUUUGACAUUCAAAAAUUUAAUCGCACGGCCUCGAAAGGAUCGGUGUAAAAAGGAUGCGGAACCCCCUGUAACCCCGCCCAUACAAAUAGGAAACGAUAUAAUUAAUAUCGAAGCGGUCAGAUUUCAACUAAAAACUCAGUUUGACAAGAAUGUAGUGACACAUUUUGAAGUGCAGGAGCUGGUUUGUGACUACAUAUUCUCACAUUUGGGUAUUGAUAAUGAAGGCAGUGUACCACACCCCAUUGUCAUGACGGAAGCUUUUGUCACACCAAAUUAUAGCAGGCAAUUAAUGUCAGAACUGCUUUUCGAGGCCUAUGGCGUGCCAGCAGUGAGCUAUGGAGUAGACUCAUUGUUCAGUUUGUAUAAGAAUGACAUUGGGGACACUGCACUGAUUGUAAACUGCGGAUACCACACUAUACACAUCAUCCCUGUUAUAAGAGGCAAAGUUGUUGCCGAGCAUGCUAGGAGAAUUAAUUUAGGGGGCAGUGAAAUAAUCUGCUACAUGCAUAAGCUACUGCAACUAAAGUACCCUGUGCACGUGAACGCGAUCACCAUGUCCAGGAUAGAGGAGAUCCUGCAUGAGCACAGCACUAUAGCUUUGGACUACCAGGAGGAGAUCAGGAGGUGGGCGAACCCUGACUACUAUGAGGCUAAUGUGAAAAGACUUCAGCUGCCCUUUGUGCAACCCACCAGCUCUUCUGGUUUGACAGCUGAGCAACAAAAAGAACGUAAGAAGGAAAUGGCGCGACGUCUUCUAGAAAUAAAUGCCAGGAAGCGCGAAGAAAGACUUGCAGAGGACGAAGAACAAUUGAAUCAACUACUAGCACUGCAGGAUUUAAUCGAGGAAGGGGAUACAGAAGAAUUUGAUGAAGCAAUCAAAAGUUUUGAAAUAAAGAACUAUGGUGAUUUACAGAGGCAAAUAGCGAAUCUAAACAUGCGUAUAGAGAAGAACAAGCAACGCAUCGCGACGGCGGCCAACGCGGAGGAGCCGGCAGAGCCGCGCCCCACCGGCCGCAUGCAGCCGCCGGCCGACCCCGAGGCUUUCCAGACGUGGCUCGACGACACGCGCGCUAAGUACCGUGAGGUGUCGGUGCGGCGCGAGGCGCGGCGCGCGCGGCGCGCGGCCAUGGUGAAGCGCCGCACGGCCGCCGCAGCCGAGCGCAUGCGUGCCAUCUCGCGCCUUGCUGCCGCCGGCGACGACUUCGGCUACCGGGACUCCGACUGGGACGUGUAUAAAAGUAUCAGCCGCGAGGCGGACUCGGACUCGGAGGCGGACGGCGAGCGGCUGGUGGAGCUGGAGGAGGCGCUGCGCGAGCACGAGCCCGCGCCGCCCAGCCACCACCAGCACCAGCUGCAUCUCGCCAUUGAGCCGUACAGAGCUCCAGAAUUAAUAUUCCAACCUUCAAUGAUGGGCAACUUAGAGGCAGGUUUAGCAGAAACUAUGGAAUAUGUAUUCAAACAUUUCACUCCCGAAGACCAACUAUUGCUCGCAAAUAACGUGUUCCUUACCGGCGGCUGUUCGCAGUUUCCAGGUCUGAAAGAAAGAUUAGAAAAGGAGCUGCUCGAAAUGCGACCGUUCCAAUCAACACACAAAGUGGUGAUGGCCAAAAACCCCAGCCUCGACGCGUGGUACGGCGCCAGAGAUUUCGCUGGCAGUAACGAAUUCGAGAACUGGUGCAUUUCCAAAGAAGAAUAUUACGAAAUGGGCGGAGAGUAUUUGAAGGAGCACCACGCGAGUAACAAGUACUACAAAAGUCCAGCGCCUAUCAUAGACAAUACUCUGGCACCGGCGGGGGACGCUAACGUGGUUAAAGAAGAAAUUGUCGUUGACUGUUAAGGAUUCCUUCGAGCGCGCCCGAGAUAUUGCACAAUAUGUACCGCCGUUUCUCAGGGAUUGCAAGUUUUUUCUGCUUAUAGCAGAUUGUAGCUUUUUAAUUAAGAAUAGAAUAUUAAUUAUAUUAAUGUU